GGCUCCGGCACUCCCCGCGACCCUCGUGAGGAUAAGCGGCUUAGAAAAUGGAUGGAUGGACAUUGCUAACUUUCUAAACGCCGAACGACAAGCAUGCAAUAUUUAGUGUAGUCUGUUCCAGUGUCAAACUGUUGCUGUUAGGUCACUGCAAAAACCUGAAACUAUAAACUAUAAAUAAUACUAUAAAUAAUAAAAAACGGACCACCCAUCAUUUUUCUCGUACAAUUUCAGGUGUUGGAAAACCAUCUCGCCGCACCUCGUCUGGCCAAAUGGGGAGCCGCCCGGAGCGCUCCCUUCAUGAGACGUACUAAUGAUGAUGAUGAUUAUGAUUGAUAAUCCGUCUCGUCAAUUGGCUGAACGGAACAUCCCGGAAAAAAAAACCCGCAGGCGGUACAUAAAAGACAUCAUUGAGCAGCUUGAGGGCUGACGUGCUGGUUCCCCUUUUUGGUCCAACACUGCCCCAUCCUGGACGAAAAAUGGAGCACUCCAUUAAAUAAUAAUCAUAAUAACUUGCCCAAAAGGAAAACAUUUUAAAAAAUACAAUAUAUAUUAUUAGACUAAUGGCAUAAGUACCCAAGUUAUGUUUGAACAACUGUGACAUUACCAAUAAAAAAUAUCAAUGUGCUUGCAAAAAAAAAAAAAAGUAAAUGAAAAAAAAAUCUAAUUUUCUUAUUUACAUUUUAAAUGUGUAGAUCACAGGUGUCAAACUCAAGGCCCGGGGCCCAGAUCUGGCCUGCCACAUGAUUUUAUGUGGCCCACGAAGCCAAAUCAAAGUGUAAAUUUCCAUGAUUCUAGUAAAAGAAAAUAAAUUUAAAAAAUACUUUGGAUGUAGAGUUUUAAAAACAUGGGAAUAAAAUAAAACUGAAAUUUUGUAAUUGAAAUUGAAAGAGACUUUUAAAGGAAUUAAAUUGUCGUCAACAACAACAAAAAUGAGGCCACACCCCAUUUUGUGUGCGUGCUCAUCAUUGAAUGUUUCCCUCCCUGCACACAAAUCAGUCCAUGACAGCAUCACUCGCACCUGGAAUAAUUUUGCAAUGUAUUUUAAACAUUUCACCAAUAAGAGUUUAAUUUCUGGGAGUUUGAGGACGUUUGAAAACCCAAUUUGGCGUGGACUUAGAUGCGGCGCCGCCGCGCGGUGCGCCGUCGCUUUGAAGGGUCGCAGCUGUUUGGCCUUGAAAGACUUCACCCCGGAAGAGAUCAAGACGCUCUUGUGGGUUUCUGCCGACUUAAAAGAUUGCAUCAAGCGCGGAAAACAGGUCCGAAUGUUUGCACUUGGGCUUUGUGACAAACACGGUGAUGCAUUCAGGGAACACGGCUUCUCUGCUUUAUGCUUCCAGUCGCUGCCUCUCCUGCAAGGGAAGUCCAUUGCAAUGAUAUUUGAGAAGAGGAGCACCAGAACCAGAAUUUCCACAGAAACAGGCUUUGCUUUGCUGGGGGGGCACCCUUGCUUGCUCGCAGCCCAAGACAUCCAUCUGGGGGUGAACGAGAGUUGCACCGACACCGCAAGGGUUCUAUCAGGACUGUGCGACAUGGUCCUGGCCCGAGUGUACAGCCACUCCACCCUGGAGGAACUGGACAAGGCGUCCUCGGUUCCCGUCAUUAAUGGACUGUCAGACCUCUACCACCCGAUCCAGAUUCUGGCGGACUUCCUGACCUUACAGGAGCAUUACGGCUCCCUCGCCGGACUGACGCUGGGCUGGAUUGGGGAUGGGAACAACGUCCUGCACUCUUUUAUGAUGACGGCACCAAAAUUGGGAGUCCACUUAAAAGUCGCCACCCCGAAGGGUUAUGAGCCAGAACGGAGCGUAACUGAAGAAGCUGUGAGAAUCUCUAAAAAGCAUGGUACCCAGCUGCUCCUGACCUCGGAGCCCGCGGAGGCGGCUCGCGACUGCAACGUUUUGGUGACCGACACCUGGGUCAGCAUGGGGCAGGAGGAGGAGAGGAAAAAAAGACUCCAAGACUUCCGCGGUUACCAGAUAACCAUGCGGACGGGAAGCGUCGCCCAGCCGGACUGGACCUUCCUCCACUGUCUUCCCCGGAAAAAGGAGGAAGUGGACGACGCCGUUUUCUACUCGCCGCGCUCCCUCGUCUUCCCUGAGGCGGAGAAUCGGAAGUGGACAAUCAUGGGCCUGAUGGUGUCACUCUUGACUGACUACAAACCGCACAUACCAAAGCUCAAGUUUUAAGAUCAAGUUUCGGUGCAGGCAUGACAACUCUUCAUUAAAAAAAAAAUUAAUCCAGUAAUUGUAUUUUGCUUUGCAUUUCAAAUGGUACUCAAAUUAAAUUAUAUCAUGUUUUAAUACGGGUGUGUAGAAAUUUUUCUAUGAUGGACAAUUAAAAAGUAUAGCGUCAAAAAUCUGAAUGCAUUAUAUCAGCGGUCUCAAGUGGUGAAAAUUUCACCCGCAUAUUUUUCACUUCUUCUCAGCAGUAUUUUGCUAAAUUUCGAUUAUGUUUUUAUACAUAGUAUAUUUUAGAUGGAUAGCGCAUACAC